AUGGACAAAGAAGCAUGGUACGAUCUAGACACGGGAACUGCCGGAGACAUGCUGGAACUGUCCCACAAACUUCCAGAAAUAGGGAGAAAUAGAGUCGAAGACCUGAUAAUCUUACUCAAUAACAACGGAAGGCAGCCAGGUGUGACAUGUUGGUCGACCUCAAGAAACGGGGCAUCAUUGAGGAUAGCUCCUCCCCGUGGGCCUCACCAUAGUCCUGGUGGCCAAAAAGGAUGGAUCGAUUCGAUUGUGCGUGGACUAUAG